GUGCAGCUGGAGCGAUGCUGCGGGGAGUGGCGGGAGCUGGACGAGGAGUUCCGGCAGCUGCAGAGCUAAUAUUGAACUUCCACAUGGCAAUAAGGCAUCUGGCUUGCAGAGGGUCCUGAUGCAAACUGUGACGUACCCAACUAGGUGUUCAACUUGUACAGGAAACACACAAAGUUUACAGGCAGAAACUGGAGGAAGUCACCAGCUUGCAGACAGCCUGCAGCAGCUCCAUCCACCGGCAGAAGAAGACAUUAAGGGACCUGAAGCACAGCCUGCAACGGAAGAGCAGCAGUGGUGCCAGGUGGGGCCACGCAGAGCCCUCCUCUCAUACAGCGCUGCCCAGCUGCACUCCUUGCCCUUCCUAAAAUACACAAUUUCAGCAGAGGGGAAGCAGCAAGAGAAAUGAGCCACGGGACCCUUCUCCACCUCGUUGUCUUCCGUCCAAGCUACCAUUGAUUAUGGAGGGGCUGCACUGACCUUUCAGUUUAAAUGAGUUUGACAUGCUUUCACUGGUGGCUCUGGAGGGUGUGUGAGGUCAUUUCUUUUGUUUGUUUCUGAAGGCUGUACAGUGAGCUUUUGUCUUUCAUGAGAAGUUUAUGGUGUCUUGCUAGGAUCAGUUUGGAUGCUGUAAGGGCAGUGCCUGAGAUGCAUACAAACUUCCCAAAGUGGAAGGAGCUCCUACAAAACUGCAUAUUGUGUUUGAAGUGCUUUGUUUUGGAAGAGGUGUGGAGUUCUGUCGCUAAAGAAGCUGGUUUGUAAAACAGCCAGUUGAAAUAACCUACAAUGACAGAUACCAGGUGCAAGCCCAGAGCUACUCCUGAAGAAUUUGCUCUUAUAGAGCAGAUCAGCACCCAGAUCAAAGAGAGGCAAAAUGCCUUCUUUGACAUGGAAGCCUACUUGCCAAAGAAAAACGGUUUAUACUUAAAUCUGGUGCUGGGAAACGUGAAUGUAACCCUCCUGAGUAACCAAGCAAAGUUCGCCUACAAAGAUGAGUAUGAGAAGUUCAAACUGUAUCUCACAAUUAUCUUGUUACUUGGGGCCGUGGCCUGCAGAUUUAUUCUUCACUACAGGGUGACAGAUGAAGUGUUCAACUUUCUGUUGGUGUGGUAUUACUGCACGCUGACGAUACGGGAAAGCAUUCUCAUUAGCAAUGGAUCAAGGUGUGAUGAGUCUGCAUGCGGGUUUGCUGCUGGGAUCAAAGGCUGGUGGGUGUCCCAUCACUAUGUCUCCACGUUCCUGUCUGGAGUAAUGUUAACAUGGCCAGAUGGACUCAUGUAUCAAAUGUUUCGCAGUCAAUUUUUAGCAUUUUCAAUAUUUCAGAGCUGUGUUCAGUUCCUACAAUAUUAUUAUCAAAGGGGCUGCCUGUAUAGGCUCCGUGCUUUGGGGGAGAGAAACCACCUGGACCUUACAGUAGAAGGAUUUCAGUCCUGGAUGUGGCGGGGACUGACUUUUCUUCUUCCCUUCUUGUUCUGUGGACAUUUCUGGCAGCUAUAUAAUGCAAUCACACUUUUUGGGUUGUCCAGGCAUAAAGAGUGCAAAGAAUGGCAGGUUUGUGUGCUGGCUUUCACAUUUCUGCUGCUCUUCCUUGGGAACUUCCUCACUACUCUCAAAGUGGUGCACACUAAGCUGCAGAAGAACAAAGACAAAAUGAAGAAACUGUGAACCCUCCAGGGGGUGCUGGGUGCCAACACUGGAGCUCGCUGUCCCUGUGCGCACAGCAGGCGCUCGGCGUUGGACGGAGCUCCUUAAUUGCUGCUGCAUUGUGAAUGGACUCUGAGGAACUCAUCUGUCCCGUGUUUGGUGAAGGAUGUGGGCUCUUCCAGCACAGACUCAGCAUAUUAUGCAAGCAUGGCUCUCCAGUUUACAGUCCUGCUAUUUAUGUGUAUUUAAUACCAAACGUGUUUGCAUUGGGUUUUUCUGUAUAUUUAGCAGCAUGCACCUGCUCGGCAAGAAACCAGCAUUGAGAGAAUGUGGGAUCUACUGUAAUUCCAGUCCUGGAAUGAUAUUUAACACUUUCCAGUUUUAUUAUUUAAACUCUAGUAUGGAAUUUUGCAAAGCUUUAUGAACACUCCAGGUUGAUCAGUAAUACAGACUGAAUGCUGUUUUUAAAAAGCAUUUGUUUCAGGCAUUUUCAGUGGCAAUACUAAUCUGUGUGUACUGUGGAAAAAUGCCCAUCUUUGUACCAUAUUGCUGCUAUAUACACUUCUAAGAAGCUAUUUAAAGAAAUCUUCUUAAAAACAAGCAAGCAAAACCAGUUGUUAAAUGGCAGGGAAUUCUGCUAGCCCUCUUUGAGAGGGAUCAGGUAAUCUGUCCAAGCCUGGAAAAAAACUUAAAAUAAACCAUACAAUAUGCA